GGCCGAGGUCUCGCGCGGCUGCGGCCCGCCCCGCCUCCCCCGGGCUGGUUGGGCCGCCGGUGGCGCCCGGCGGAGCCGAUCGGAGGCGAUCGCGGCCGGUCGCCGCUCCCCGCUGCAGUGGCGCCGAAAUGGGUCUGCUUUCAGAAGAUGCAAUGCACUAGAUGUGGUGCUUGGAACAGGAUUAGUCAUGGCAUCAGAACUAUGUAAAACAAUCUCUGAGGCAAAGCUGGAAAAGCACAAGAACUUGUUCUUAAAUUACCGAAAUCUCCAUCAUUUUCCUUUGGAGUUACUGAAAGAUGAGGGGCUGCAGUACUUGGAGAGACUUUAUAUGAAAAGAAAUUCCCUGACCACAUUGCCAGAAAACCUUGCACAGAAGCUUCCAAACCUCGUGGAAUUGUACCUCCAUUCAAAUAACAUAGUUGUUGUACCUGAAGCCAUUGGCUCCCUCGUUAAACUGCAGUUUCUGGACCUAAGUGAUAAUGCCCUGGAAAUUGUGUGUCCAGAGAUUGGCCGCCUGAGAUCUUUACGUCAUCUUCGCUUGGCUAACAACCAGCUGAAAUAUUUACCUGCAGAGGUUGGAGACCUGAGGGAGCUGCAGACGCUGGAUAUUUCAACCAAUCGUUUGAUAACGUUACCCGAAAGGCUGCACAUGUGCCUCUCGCUGCAGUACUUGACUGCAGACCGAAACCACCUGUGGUAUGUUCCCCGCCACCUGUGCCAACUACCAAGCCUCAAUGAGCUCUCCAUGGCUGGAAACCGCCUUGCAUUUUUGCCACUGGAUUUAGGUCGUUCUCGGGAGCUACAAUAUGUUUAUGUGGAUAACAAUAUUCAUCUGAAAGGCCUCCCAUCGUAUCUGUAUAAUAAAGUCAUUGGUUGCAGUGGUUGUGGUUCUCCGAUUCAAGUUUCAGAGGUGAAACUGCUUUCUUUCUCAUCGGGCCAGUUAACGGUGUUCCUGCCAGCAGAGGUGAAAUCUAUAGGGACAGAAACAGAUCAUGUGCUGCCUUUGCAAGAACUGGCCAUGAGGACCCUCUAUAACACCUACUACAGGUUUUUAAAAGAUUUGAACUUUCUGACUCCAAUCUCACUACCCAAAAGCCUGUUGGAAUUGCUGCACUGUCCCUUGGGACACUGCCACCGCUGCAGCCAGCCUAUGUUUACCAUUGUCUACCCAAAGCUCUUUCCCUUGAGGGAAACUCCAAUGGCAGGAUUGCAUCAAGGGAGGACAACUGUUAGUUUUGUGGCAUACUGCUGCUCCACCCAGUGUCUGCAGACUUUUGACCUACUGAGUUGAUAAACAUUUAAAACUACUCAGGAGUGCUGCCAGUUUAAAGCUGCAUUCGACGUUGUAUCCCGUUGGUACUGGAAUACUGUGUGUGUGCGCCUGUGCCAAAGCAGCAGAAGUGCCCAGUUGGGAACACUAAGAGGCACUUAAAUCCUGCCCUAUCGAAUUGGGAUGAACUGCAGAAACUUCUCGGAAGUGUAAAUACCAAGCUUUUAAAAGUAUUAACUUCUCUCUCCUCCAAGACAGCGUACAAACCAAACAAAUUCGCAAGCUCUGACUUCAGGAUUUCCAGUGUUUUUCAGAUGUGGGUGUCUUCAGGUUCAGCCCUUGCAUCAUUCGAGGCAGAUUUCAUAAAAAUGAAAAGGUCCAGUUAUGGCAAACCAGGUUUUACAUAUUACCCCACUGCCUAUCCUCAUCCCCUCUACAGCUGGAUUCAGGUAUAUAAAUCUAACCUACAGAAACCAUAGAGGAUCCCAGUGACUUUCCCAUGGAAUUUAGCUUUAUUUUCUCCCCCUCAUAAUAUUUUCCCUAGCAGAGUUAUCCCAGUUACAUACCAGGUCUUGGACAGUUAACUGUGCUAUUUAAAUCCACAUAUUAAAAGCAGAUAUUUCUUUCUGGUAUCAUUAGGAGGCACAGUGAUUUAAUUGGAGUAACUAGGAUGUCUGGAGAUUAAAGAUGCUGUUUCAGUAAGGAAGGCUGGUACUGAUGGCUGCAGUGAGGGGUCUUGCUCCAGCCUGUUUGAGGGUGUGUUUUCUUUAUUUUCACUGCUUGAGUUUUUUUAUUUUCAAAAACACUUCCCCUUUUGCUUCUUUGAGUUCUUCAGGAAGAAGGUAACUUUUAAGUACAAAUUUCACUUGAAAAAACCAAAACACCCUACUAAUAUGAUAGUAAAUAUUUAUCUAUAUUUAUUUUAUAUUUUUACAAUUGCAGACCAGAGGUCUGCAAAGACUUGGUUUUCAUCUUUUUCUAGAUUCAGCAUUUGGCUGAUUUGUGAACGUGUGUCAGUGGACUGUGUUAACCUCGGAGAAGGCUGGAAAUGCCGGGGGGAGGUCUGUGUGUCUCCUUCUUACAGGUAUAUAUGCAUACAUAGAGAUCUUCACAGAAGGGCUCUAACAUUUGUUUUCGUAUAUUAAUGGCAGAUUUAGCACAAAUUUUCACUCACUAUCAUAUUUGUGGGAAUCUUUUUUUUGUUAGACCUUGUUAAUUUUAAGUAAAGGACAAAGGGUAGAAAAAAAAGGCCCAAAAUGUCUGCACAACUUAAAUUUUAAUUUUACCCUGAAUAUAUAAUAUAUACAAAAAUAUAUACAAAAUUAGCCCCACUUGACUUGUUUUUGGAAUAUAUAAUUAUUUUUUAAUACGAUGUGUUCUUUUUUUUUUUUUUACUUUCUAUUUCUUGGGUAUAAGCUACUUGUUGAUUUAGCACAGUGUGCUACUCUGUGCAGUAGGUAGUUACAAGCUGAAAUAAAUAUGAAUGAAACAGUUUGUUAUAAAAAUGGCAAGAUAAAGAGACUUAUUUGGUAGUAUAUUAACAUAUGUUGUGGUGAGGUGUGCAUACUUUGAAGGGAGGAGGCAUUAAAAUGUUUUCCUUUUGCCAAAGAAGCAGUUGUUCCCACUGCAGGCUUCCUGGCAUUUCUUCAAUAAAUAGAGUAUCUUAAGAGCUUAAGAGAGUACCAAAAAGGCAGUUUUUGACGGUAGAAUUUUUAGGUUGUGCAUGUUACUUGUAAAACCUUUGCUGGUUUUAUCGGGUUGGUUUUAGAGAGUUGAAUUAGCAUCAAGAAAUGUAGAACUUAAUCCUUCAGGAAUGCAAGUAUCAUCUACUGUUUAAGAAUUGUGAAACUUUCUAAAAUAAAUCCCAUUUAUUAAAUCUGCUUUGCAGUAGGGGAAAGAGCCAUGUCCAAGCAGGCUUUAUACUAUUGGGUUUCUGUCAUUUCACUGAUUUUUUUUUUUUAUUAUUAUUUUUUUUUUUUCAAUGUUGGUAUCCCCAACAGGCCUUCCCACCCAGCGGGGUUUGUAGCUGAAGCAGCAAAAUGAAUCGUCAGCUUUUUUUCUUUCUCUUCAGUACUAGGCAGUUGAGAUGUAAAUUGUCCAGGUACAAUUACACCUAUAUCAGAAAUGUGUGAGUGUAGUACAGAAUCCAUUUUUUUAAUGGAUAAGAAAACUAUGGUAGUGUUACAAAUAGUGAUAUUUUGAUACAAUACUCUGAUCAGGAAUUUUCAGUAUUAUUUUUACUGUGGCUUCCUCUGUCUUUGAAGGAGAUGUUUUGUUGGAAGCUUUUGUCCUCUUUUUAUAGCAACUUACAGACUUCAAAACACAGUUUAUUUCUGAAUUCAAGCUGUAAAAGUUGUUUUGGGGUUAAUUCUCUUGAUCAGCUAAAGACAUUGACAUUUGUUUUAUUAAGAGUCUGAUGGUAAGAGUGGAGCUUGAGUUUUGUAUUAUUAUUUAUUUUUUAUUUUCUUUCUUCUUCCCAUAAUCUAAUUAUUUUUAUUGAGUUCUUAUCAAUCUCUUUAUUAUUGUCUACAAGUGCAGUUCAGAAGAAAUUUAGUCUGUUCCAUAAGCAGGAUGAAUCUUAACUAACAUUUUAAUAGAUGAUAUUUCAAGAAUGGAAUGUUCAAUGAAUAAAUGACUUAAACACGCAAUUGAAGCUGAAAUGUCAUACCCUAUUUUUGUAAAACGAGGAAGAGGGAAGCCAAUAUAUAGACUGAAAAUGCAGCUUAAAUUCAUGUUUCUCUGAUGUUUUUUUUUAUACGAACAGUGUUUGUAUUCAUCUGUAUCUUUGGGUGAUAUUGUUCUAGAUUAAAAUAACUCCAUUCUCACUUGU